GUCCCGACAAGCCUCACGUUUUCCCACCGUGACCUCAGUCUGUCGUUGGAGCAUAUGCACGCCUCCUAACGUUAGCUUUAGUAAAAGCCGGUGGGAAAUCAUUAUAAAUACAUUAAACGGUCGGCUUUAACGUACUUUAUAGCGACUUGUUCGCCGUACACACAGCUGAGCCAAGCAGACAGAGAGGAGCGGGCUAGCAGGACAUAUGGCCGGAAUCGAGGAGCUUUCCCCCGCUGCGGGCCCGGUGUCCACCCGGCCCCCCGAGGACGAGAUUGACGAUGAUGAAGAUGAAGACCUGGAUGAGACACUAAUGGAGAGGUUAUGGGGCCUGACAGAGAUGUUCCCUGACACAGUUCGAAAUGCUGCUGAGGUGUCUGCACAGUGCUCUGUCUCACUGGCUAAGAAGUUUUACAGCUUUUCUCGCUCUGCACUCUGGGUCGGUACUACCUCCUUCAUGAUCCUGGUGCUGCCUGUUGUGUUUGAGACAGAAAGACUACAGCUGGAGCAACAGCAGCUACAACAGCAGAGACAGAUCCUGCUGGGCCCCAACACUGGAAUGUCUGGUGGGAUGCCGGGAAUGAUGCCUCCUGCACCUGGCAAGAUGUGAGACACAGAAAGGGGCCAGCAUGAACCUGAGAUCUACUGUUCUGCGAUACAGCGGGGCCGGCCACAAGGAGAGACAGAGAGACCACGGAGAAGGGCGAAGAACUGCAGUAAAAAAAAAAGAAGAAGCAAAAGCUGUAUGUCAACAGCAUGAGGCUCAUUCCAACGUGUUGGAUUGGCUGGCGGGAUUGGAUACGGAGGAUGUGAUGCAUUUCUAACACUUCUGUCUCACUGUCUCUCCUUAUUCCAACAUCACACAGAGACUUAUUUCCAGGAGCACUGCUUCUUUUUUCUUUUCUUUUUUUAAAUAAAUACUUAUAUAAGCAUAAAUAAUGUGUUCUCUAGGAGAUAGCGGGUGCAAGUGGAUAAAUUGAAACAGUUGUAUGUCUUGGUGUUUGCAGUCUGAAGAGCUAUACUUACAGUAUGUCAUCAUGAGCUUGCUGGUUCCACUUAUAUGUGGAGAUUAAUGUUAACAGAAUAUCUGACAGACAGGUCUGAAGCAUUGUGGAGUGGAGCACCCUGUAGACAGUGAUAAUGUUGGUUUACAGAAUGGCCUCGAACUUGUAGGAGCUAAAUGACACUCUUUUCUGUGUGCUGCGUUUGUCUGCACAAUUGUCACGGUUCACAGUUGUACUUUGUAUGUAUGUCAAAGUGCAAUGCCUCUCAUUUCAGUUAUUGCUUUGGUUUCAAGCAAUGGAUUGUAUAAUCCAACACCAGAUUCUGUGCUGUUAAAUGAUGAAAGAUUGUUGUGUCUUUUUCCAUUCAUAGUAUGUGAUAUAACACAAUUAUUUUGUCAUUUAAGACAGGACACAUGUCAUACAGUUCUGGACAGAUGUGGUUGUGGUGGCCGAUGAAGUUUUUAAAUGUUAAAUGUCUCAAUAUUACCCUGACAUAUCCAGUCUGAAGAGAAUGUUGUUUUCAAUUCUCUGUUGUCAUCCAUGUGAAUUUACAAUCUCUUACCUCUGGUCAGUAAGCAAACCCAUGUUUCUGUUUUGUGUUCAACAUGACUGCGGAAAUUAAAGCACCGAAUCAAAUGGAAA